UGCAGAUCACUUGUUGUCGUGAAGCCAUGGUGAUGAAGUGCACUGCUGUGUGCCUUGUGGCACUGGCCCUGCUUGCCAGCUUCUGUGAUGCUCAAUACAAGCCUUCAAAACCUAGAUACCAGAAGCCAGCACCACCUACAAGACAGGAGCCCGUCAAACAGACCGCUCAAGAACCCCAACAGACAAAGCAGACAUUUGAGAAACCACUCACCUGGUCGUACCCUGAGGAUCCCAAACCUGAGCCCUCACCUGAGGUGCCUUUCGAGAUGAGACACCCUGUUCCUGCGGCAACUGUUGCUGUCGAGUGCAGAGAGAGGGAUGCUCACGUGGAAGUCAAGAAGGACAUGUUUGGCAUUGGCCAGUUCAUUAAUCCUGCCGACCUCACCCUGGGAAACUGUGGUGCCGUCGCGGAGGACACGUCCGCUCAAGUGUUGAUUUUUGAGGCUGAACUGCAUGAUUGUCUCAGCACAUUGAGGAUGACAGAUGAUUCCCUCAUCUACACUUUCACAAUGAACUAUAAUCCACAAACUCUGGGCGCUUCACCUGUGGUGAGGACCAGCAGUGCUGCGGUGAUUGUGGAAUGCCACUACCCAAG